AUCCAACUAGUAAAAUAUUUUAGGUCGGAGAUGCACAACAAAAAACCAAUUUCAUUUUAUUAAUUAGAUUAUGAAAACUCGAGGAACUUAAAAGAAAAAAUUAAAGAAGUAUACCAUACUCACAGAAGGUAUCAAAUAAGAGAUUAUUGAUUACUACUCUAAGCAUCCUUCACAGACUUCCCUUAUACAUUUGAAAGACAAAUACAAAACCUCUAUCAAAAACAUCAGGAGAUGGAUUAGGUCUGGUUACAAGAGGAAGAAGGGGUGUGGAAGGAAGAAACUCAAUGAAAAAGCAGAGGAGCAAUUGGAAUCAUGGGUCAAGAAACAAUGCAUCAAAUAGAAGAAAAGAGUUUCAAGACAACAAAUCAAAUUGCAGGCAAUCAAGUUCUUUAAGGACUCUAGUUUCAAGGCUUCCAAGGCUUGGCAGGAUGAAUUCGUAAGAAGCAAGAAUAUCAAACUCAAAUAAUUACUUCUAUUACAAGAGAGGGGAUGUUUGAGUUACUCUUAAAUCAGAACAUUUCAGCAAUUGAUCUCCAAGAGUGGAAAAGAUGCGCAAUCCUUCAGAAACGAUAUCCUUUAAAAUUAUGACUUCUUAAACUAACCUUCCUUCGAGGACAGUCAACAAUGUACCAAUUCGAUCAACAAGCAAUAUUGGAAUUAUGAAAUCUUCUAGCAGGAUUCAAUGAUGCAUUUUUAAGAAUUGUUUCUCUGA